AUGUCUUCCCCUCGUGCGCGAGCUCAAACGACCACCAGCUCGGGCCCGCCCAGUCGCGCGUCGAUGUUCUUCCCGAAUCUCCCCAAACGGCCGUCUAUCAGCCGUUUGUUCGGCGUCGGCAACUCGAACCACGACUUGAUCAACUCGGCUCCGCGAGAGUCUCGUCACUCGAGUAGUUCUAGCGAAUCGUACAUGACGAGCGACGACGAUGACCAGCAACAGGUCGCCCAGUACGCCAACCCAAAGCGACAGACCCGUCCGCCGCGACGCACCCGAGACCGAGGCGGAAUCGGGGCAUCGCCGUCGUCUGCUAGUGCCAAACGCUUGGCUCAGACUCCGAUUGCGGACAUGUUCAAGUCUCCCUUGACCGCGGCAGUUGCGACUACCGCUCCAUCGACUGUGACUGCCACCGCCGUGUCGAGCAAGACGAUGCCUCCCAGACUGGGGCUGCAGCUCGGCAACUCGCAAGAUGUGGACGAGAUGGGGUGGAGUCGUGGUGUGUUGGAUGCUGCUGCCUCGGCGAGUCUUGGGCACCGCUAG